AUUAUGAUCAGUUGAUAAGAGCUCGUAAUAAACGGAGGGAGUGCCGAAUUAGCGUAGCAGUGAGCGAACGUCUAAAGGGCCAACUGAAAUGGCCUCGAACUUCAGAAGAUAUCGGUCAAGCAACAGCCAAGUCCUUCACCCUAAAUUAAUCGGAAUCCAAUUAAAGAAAUAACCAAUAUGGUCGCCCACAGAAACUCCGCUGCAAAGGUGUCAGGUGUUGUGUCUUCCGUCUUUGUGGUUUUCCUCUUGGCCCAUCAAACCCAACAAGCGCCAACAUUUGAAUGCGGCCGAUCAACAUUCACGUCCAGGAACGUCGGAGGGAGUCAGACGAUGGCCAACGAGUUCCCGUGGAUGGCCCAUUUGCUUAUUCGUGACAGCGAUGGGCAAUUGUUUCAUUGCGGCGGGACUCUUAUCAGCGGCACUCACGUCCUGACAACAACUCGUUGCGUCGUUCACAACCAGACUAAUAAAAUUUAUGAUCUUUUGAAAAUCACCUUGGGUACUAACGUCAUCAAAUUUGGUGAGAGUUCCGGCCAAGUAUUCGACUGGAAGAAAAUUGUGAUUCCGGCCGGAAUUGAAUCAAUGGAACCCGACAUUGCCAUCGUUACUCUCUCGAAACCAGUCACUUUCACAGAUUACGUCCAAUCGGCUUGUCUUCCGUUUGCGGAUGACACCAAUCACGUGAACGAUUCCGUCGUUCUAACCGGAUGGGGUGAGUACAACUCAUUCAGAUCCGUUUUGCGUAAAAUCCAGACGACAGUUUUAUCUGGCGGUCAGUGCCAACAAACGGCAAGAAAAGUCCCGGCGUUAUCGGCUAAUGACGUCAUCUGUACUGAACAAGGAUCCGGCCAGAACUGCAACAGUAACGAUGGCGGACCGAUGAAUUAUUACAACGUUGAAUUGAAGAGGUGGUUCGUCCUCGGAGUAGCCGGAAGGGGUGAAACUAGUGACUGUAACAGUAGCCAUAAAACCAUCAACGUGUUCACCCGAGUGGGAAAUCGACUCGAUUUCAUUCGUGAUUAUUCGGGCGUUGUUCCACCAAUUGAAAAUGUUUACACAACGACGCCAGAAGGUGGAAACAUUUCUGAGACGACGACAGAGAUAAGAAGUACUACUGUGACAACAACAACUGAGAAACCCAUAGCCUUCUGUAUGGGCAAAACGGAUGGCAACUACCCGAAUCCGGCCUCCAGUUGCUCUACAAAUUUCUACACAUGCUCCCACGGAUACGAUUACCUCACCGCGUGUGAUUCCGGUUUGAUUUACGAUGCAAAACUCGGCGAAUGCAAUUAUCCUUCCAAUGUAACCGGCUGCAGCAUUUCUGAUCAAGAAACAACUCCUACGACGACUCCAACAACAACCACUACUACACCACCAACCACUACUACACCAGCAACCACAACUACUCCUGAAACAACUCCUACGACGACUCCAACAACAACCACUACUAAACCAAAAACCACUACUACACCAGCAACCACAACUACUCCAACAACCACUACUACACCAGCAACCACAACUACUCCAAUAACCACUACUACAACAACAACCACAACUACUCCAACAACCACUACUACACCAGCAACCACAACUACUCCAACAACCACUACUACACCAGCAACCACAACUACUCCAACAACCACUACUACACCAGCAACCACAACUACUCCAACAACCACUACUACACCAGCAACCACAACUACUCCAAUAACCACUACUACAACAACAACCACAACUACUCCAACAACCACUACUACACCAACAACCACAACUACUCCUACAACCACUACUACAUCAACAACCACUACUACACCAACAACUACGACGACGACAGAGAUAAGUAGAACUACUGUGACAACAACUGAGAAACCCAUAGCCUUCUGCAUGGGCAAAACGGAUGGCAACUACCCGAAUCCAGCCUCCAGUUGCUCUACAAAUUUCUACACAUGUUCCCACGAAUACGAUUACCUCACCCCGUGUCCUUCCGGUUUGGUUUACGAUGCAACAUUCGGCGAAUGCAAUUAUCCUUCCAGUGUAACCGGCUGCAGCAUUUCUGAUCAGGAAACAACAGAACAUGGAACUAAUAAUUUUGAGACGAUGAUGGAGACAACAACUGUGACAACAACUGACCAACCGUUACCCUUCACCUGCAAGGGAAUAACGGAUGGCAACUACCCCAAUCCAGCCUCCAGCUGCUCCAAUACAUUUUACACGUGCUCAAACGGCAACGCUUACCUUUUCAACUGCGCUUCUGAUUUGGUUUAUCGGGAGGAAAUUGGCGUCUGCGAUUAUCCUUCCAACGUUGCCGGAUGCUAUUAAGAAAAACCGGACUCUGCUUUAAUUUUCAAAUUGUCGAUUUUCUUGGCUGCAACUCUGCAAGUCAAGAAUGUAUUAAUCAGUUCCUAAUUCCAGAGCUAUAGACUCCUGCAGUCUAAAGCUCUGCUAAUUCUAAUAAAGUAGGCUAGUCCAUUACACUGCAUCCAUGAUUUUCCACUUAACCAUUUCUUCAACUCCGUGGAAGGAACGACAACUAAUUUACGACAAUGACGACAAUUAAAGGCCAAUAAACAUCCCCAUUCCCCAAAGUUAACCUUGC